AUGCGCUUCGUGCUACUAACAUUGCUGGCACUUUUUUUGCCAUCUGCGCGAGCGGUAUUCGAAUGUGCUACGCAUGAAACAACAUCAUUUGUCCGGAUAGCACGAGCUCGAUUAUCUGGAACACCAGUUGUAGUGUCAACUGCAGGUCAUGACCUAACAUGUGCUCAAUAUUGUCGUAAUAAUAUUGAACCUACCACUGGAGCAGAACGAGCAUGUGCUUCAUUUAAUUUCGAUGGUCGUGAAACAUGUUAUUUUUUCGAUGAUGCAGCAAGUCCAGUCGGAACUUCUGAUCUUGCAGGAAAUCCAUCUGCUAAUAAUUUUUAUUAUGAGAAAACCUGCCUUCCAGGCGUUUCUGCACAUGAAGCUUGUACCUAUCGCUCAUUUUCUUUUGAACGCAUGCGCAAGACUUCACUUGAAGGAUUUGUGCGCAAAUCGUUACAGGUUGGUUCUCGUGAACGAUGUUUAUCUACUUGCUUGAAAGAAACUGAAUUUGUUUGUCGCUCAAUCAAUUACAAUUAUGACACUUAUCUUUGUGAGUUGUCAACGGAAGAUCGUCGGUCGAAACCAAGCCAUUUACGCCAAAGUGAUUCGCCCAUCGAUUAUUACGAUAAUAAUUGCCUUAGUCGCCAAAAUCGAUGUGGUGAAUCUGGUGGAAAUUUAGUUUUUGUUAAAACAACCAAUUUCGAAAUUCAUUAUUACGAUCAUACGCAAUCAGUUGAAGCACAAGAAUCGCACUGUUUGCAAAAAUGCCUCGAUUCAUUGAACACAUUUUGUCGUUCAGUGGAAUUUAAUCCCUCGGAGAAGAACUGCAUAGUAAGCGAUGAAGAUACAUUUUCUCGGGCUGAUCAGCAAGGUCAAAUCCAAGGAAAAGACUACUACGAACCUAUUUGUGUUGCUGCCGAUCUAAGUUCUUCAACAUGUCGUCAGCAAUCAGCAUUUGAACGAUUUAUCGGAAGCCAGAUUGAAGGUGUAGCAAUAGCUUCAGCGCAAGGCGUAACAAUUGCUGACUGUAUCUCGUUAUGUUUCCAGAACCUGAACUGCAAGAGUAUCAACUAUGAUCGUACUCAAUCAACCUGCCAUAUUUUUGCGACUGGAAAAAAAGAAACCAAUGUUAAAACAAAUCCAUCAGUUGAUUAUUACGAAUUUAAUUGUGAAUCUCAAUUUGGUGGUAUGGCAUUAUGCACCAAUGAAGGUAUUCGAUUUAUAGUCAAUACGAAAGAACCUUAUACGGGCGCAGUUUAUGCAGCUGAAAGAUUCAGUACCUGCUCACAAAUAGUUGAAAAUGCUAAACAAAUUGCGAUGUUAUUUCCUCCCCCAACAGUUUCAUCCGAUUGUGGCACGACCAUAAGAGAUGGUAAACUGGAAGCAUUGGUAGUCGUAUCAUUAGAUGGUGUACUCCCACACCAAGUGACCACUGAAUGGGAUCGUUUCUAUAGGGUAUCAUGUGAUAUUUCAAUGGAUAAAAUGAUGCAUGAAGGAUCUGUUAUAGUUACAACGAUCUAUGAUGCUGGAGAAACAAAUACUCAGAUAUUACCUGUUGGAACACCACCACCCAUCUCAGCAAUUUUAUCAUUUCGUGAUGCAAAUGAUGAACCACUCCAGAAAGCGUCUAUCGGUGAUGCAAUUAUGAUGAUUGUCACAUCCGAGCAAGCGGGACCACAUAAUAUGAUGGUCACUGAGUGCACAGCAACAAGAGUUGGUGGGCAAGGAGAAGCUGUUCCAUUCACCAUUAUCAGUGAUGGAUGUCCUCGAUAUCCAGCGCUUGUCGGUGAAGUAGAAAAAGAUUUUGAUGGAAAUCGGUUGAAAAGUAAUAUGAAAGCAUUUCGCUUAGACGGAUCCUAUGAUAUUAAGAUUCUUUGUCAAGUUAUGUUUUGCGCUGGUCCCACUGGUUGUCCUCCGAGUCAUUGCAUGGAUUCUGGCACCAACGAAUUAUUUAUGUCACAUGGCAGGAGGAAGAGAAAUAUUGAUAAUGAUCAGAUUGAGGAAGCAAUAUCAGCUAUCAUAAGAGUUCUAGCUGAUGGUGAAGAAAAAGAGGAAGGAAUUUCAUUAAUGGACAAUUCAACAACAACUGAAAUUGAUUUAAUAUGUAUAUCAGAAGUAUGGUUCGUCUCGUCAGUUGUGUUAAUUUCGGCUGUUUGCUUGGCGCUAUCAAUGUUGAUCAUUAUUUAUGGUUGUCAGACAGUAAAAAGUCGUCAUAAAUUACCUUUAUAA